AAUAAUAAUAGUGGAUUGCGACUUGUUUGUAUCUUGUACUCUACUAAUCAGAGCCCCAUUCAUUCCCCCAUGUUCUCAAUCGCAAGGUUACGUAUGCCUCAUCAUCAUCAUCACUUUCCACACCUCCUACUUGCAUCCAUUUUCCAAGAUAUAACUCUUAAAGAUCAAUCAUCAAUGGGUGGUUUUGAUAUGGAAUCGUUAGUAGAUGCAACAGCAGGCGCUAUUGGAUCCCUCGCUAGCACCACCAUCUUAUACCCUUUAGAUACCUGCAAAACUAAGUAUCAAGCUGAAUUACGUACCCCCAAUCUCAGAAAAUACAGGAACCUAUCUGACGUUCUAUGGGAAGCGAUUUCGAAACGUCAGAUUCUUUCGUUGUUUCAAGGGUUAGGAACAAAGAACCUGCAAUCAUUUGUUUCAUCAUUCAUAUACUUUUAUGGGUAUAGCUUCUUUAGGAGGACGUAUAUCGAGAGGUCUGGAUACAAGUCUAUUGGUACCAAGGCUAACUUGCUUAUUGCUGCUGCUGCGGGCGCUUGUACCGUUGCCAUAACCCAGCCGUUGGAUACAGCUGCAUCAAGGAUGCAAACAAGUGACUUUGGCAAGUCCAAAGGGCUAUGGAAAACCCUUUCAGAGGAAACGUGGGGAGAAGCGUUUGAUGGUCUCGGCAUUUCAAUUUUGCUCACAAUAAAUCCAGCAAUUCAGUACACUGCAUUUGAUCAAUUGAAACAAAGACUAUUGGCGGGACAGAUUGGUAACCCGCAGUCACUUUCUGCCCUGAAUGCUUUUCUGUUAGGGGCAGUGUCAAAAUGUGCUGCUACCUGCUUGACAUACCCAGCUAUCAGAUGCAAGGUAAUGAUUCAGGCUGCAGAAUCAGAUGAAGAUAUCAACGAGGACCCAGAAGUAAGAUCAAGAAAAACAGUAUCCGGGGCACUCCAUGCUAUAUGGAACAAGGAAGGGUUCCUAGGAUUCUUCAAAGGUUUACGCGCCCAAAUCCUAAAAACCGUGCUAAGUUCAGCGUUGCUGUUGAUGAUCAAGGAAAAGAUCACAAAGAGUACGUGGGUACUGUUUCUGGGAAUAAGGAGAUUCUUGUUUUUAAGCAGAAGCAGGAUAAAAAGCUCUUGAAUGAGAUGGAAUGUCGAGUGUAAUUAAGACCAAAUGUAAUUAGUUAAAUAAGAUUAAUUAUUGUGUUAAUCUUUGUUGUUUCAAACAUAACGAUGCCUGAUUAGAUAUAUUGUUUAUGUGUUUGUUUUACUGCUA